AUGGCCGGCGGUGAAGCAAACAGCUACUAUCAGAUGCCGGAUGGCGAUGGCCAAAAGGACUAUCCUAUGCAACCUCAGCAAGCCUACAACCAGAAUGGCCAAUACCAGCAGCCCUACCAGAAUGGCCAGGGCUAUUCGCAACCUCCUCCCAAUUACGGCCAGAACUUCAACCCUCGUCCUGACAUGAAUGGUUACGACAACAAGCCUACCUUCGAGCAGGCUUUCAAGAUUGACAAGCCAAAGUGGAAUGACUGGUGGGCUGGUCUUCUUUUCCUCGCCGUCUUUGCUGGAUAUGUCGCUGUCUCUGGUAUCGCACUUCAGGGCUACGCUGCGACCAAGGGAUUCAAUGGUGGUGGUAUCUACGACAGCAACAAUGACUUCGGCCUUGACACCAACACCAUCGUCCUCUUCGUCUUCUGUCUUGCCAUGGCUAUGGUACUUAGUUAUAUCUAUGUCUGGUUAGCACGCGCAUUCACGAAGCAAUUCAUCUGGAUUACCGGUAUUGUUCACAUCAUUGCUGGUUUUGCGACCGCCAUUUACAUGCUGUCGAGAAAAUACUGGUCAGGCGGAAUUGUCUUCCUCAUCUUCGCUAUCUUCACCGUGGUCUGCUUCAUCUCUUGGAUUCCUAGAAUUCCUUUUAGUGUAGUUAUGCUACAAACAAGCAUUGACGUUUCCAAAAAGUUUGGACAUGUCUAUCUCGUUUCGCUUGUUGGCGGUGUUCUCGCAACUGCACUUGGUGCCUGGUUCUCGGUCACUUUCGUUGCGGUGUAUGUGAAAUAUGAACCAGGCGCAAAUCCAGCCUGUUCCACCGGCGCUGGUGGCUGUUCAAGCGCCAAGGUUAUCGGUCUGCUUGUCUUCAUCACGUUUGCGAUGUAUUGGAUCUCCGAAUUCCUCAAGAACACGAUCCAUGUGAUCAUCUCUGGAGUUUACGGCUCAUGGUACUUCUGUUCGCACAACCCUCCCAAGAACAUUACCCGAGGAGCCGCCCGCCGCUCUUUGACCUACAGCUUCGGAAGUAUCAGUCUUGGAAGCUUGGUUGUCGCACUCAUCAACAUGCUCAGACAAGCAUGCAGUAUUGCACGACAGCAGGAAGCAAAUUCUGGAAACAUUGCUGCCGACAUCGCGCUUUGCAUUCUCCAGUGUCUUAUUGGAAUUCUGGACUGGGUUGUCCAGUUCGUCAACAGAUACGCUUUCAGCUAUAUCGCGCUUUACGGCAAGGCCUACAUCCCCGCCGCCAAGGACACUUGGACUUUGAUCAAAGACCGAGGCAUCGAUGCGUUAGUCAACGAGUGCUUGAUUGGCCCCGUCCUGACCCAAGGCGCUACGGCCAUCGCUUACCUGUGCGCUCUUUUGGCCUACCUGUACCUGAUCUUCACCUCGCCUGCGUACAACAGCAACGGCGAGUACACACCCGUUGUUGUUGCAUUCGCAUUCUUGAUUGGUUUGCAAAUCGCUAACAUCUUCACAACCCCGCUAAGCAGUGGCAUCGACACUAUAUUCGUUGCUGCAGCUUUCGACCCGCAAGUCAUGAUCACAGAGCACCCGGACCUGUACGCCAAGAUGGUGUCGACAUAUCCUCAUGUUCAACAGGCCAUCCAUGCCUAG